AUGGAGAAUGCAGAAGGAGGGAAUCAAACGCCCAUUGUAGAACUGAUCCUCGUUGGCUUUGGGAACGGCCCUGAACUGCAGCCCCUCCUCUUCCUGCUGUUCCUAGUGAUCUACCUGGUGGCUGUGGCUGGGAAUCUCCUCAUCGUUGUGCUAGUGGUGGCCGAUCGGCACCUUCACACCCCCAUGUACUACUUCGUGGCCAAUUUGUCCUCUGUAGAGAUCUGCUACGUCUCCACCACCCUGCCCAGGCUGCUGGCCAGUCUCGUGACCGGGCACAGAAACAUUUCUCUUCAGAACUGCAUCGUGCAAUUCCAUUUCUAUGUUAUCCUGUCUACUGCGGAAUGCCAGCUGCUCACAGCAAUGUGUUGUGACCGGUACCUAGCGAUCUGCCACCCCCUCCGUUACCCUGCUCUGAUGAACGGCAGGGUUUGCUGCCACAUGGUGGCCUGGGCCUGGAUAAUCGCCAUUUUGUACAGUAUCAUGCUGGAAAUGUUAAUUUUGCAAUUAACAUACUGUGGUCCCAAAGAAUUUGAUCAUUUCUUUUGUGAUUUUGCACCCAUAAACCCAUUCUGUGGCAAUGCGGACAUACUGGCAAUGGGGACAAACUACGUGUCUAUCAUAUUGACAAUUAUGAAUUUUCUACUGUCCCUGGCAUCCUACACUUGUAUCAUCAUCUCCAUCCUGAGAAUCAACUCCAGCACUGGGAGGCAAAAGGCCUUUUCCACCUGCUCCUCUCACCUCAUUGUGGUUGCAGUUUACAAUGUGUGUAUAAUUAUAACAUAUGUGGUUCCAGAGUUUAACCCUCCGCCACUCCUAUACAAAACAUUGUCUGUCUUGUAUGGAAUCCUGGUACCUUUGCUCAACCCUGUUCUCUACAGCCUGAGGAACAAGGAGGUCAAUCAGGCCCUGAGAACAGCUAUUGAGAAACUGGCUGCUUUCAGACACAGGCACGGAGUGUGA